AUGAAUAAUUGUUUGUUAACACCAAAGAUUAAGCAACAAAAAUGCCCUGAAGCUCCUAGAAAAUAGUUAAACUUUACUAGAAUAGAUGAUCAAUCUAUUAGAUCUGUUUGCCGCAUACUUUUUGUUGAAGAAACAAAACCAGAAAUAAUUCUAACCUAAACUGCUUGA